AUGAUUUGCAUCCAUUUAACUGAGGAAGGACCAUGUGAGGAACUCGGCCCUGAUGGAAAACCUUCUAGCUUUAAUGAAUUUAUUCUCCCUGCUAAGGAGUUUGAUGGCUUAAGGGAAAGGUGUGUCUCAGAGCCUGGUCCUGACUUGGUUGUAAAGCACUUGAUAUAUGAAUCUGGACUUAAGCAACGGUUACUAUGUUACGCCGCAAGUGCUUUGUUGUUCACGCAGAAGGGUGCUAAUCCAAAUCUUGUUUCAUGGAACAGUCGCCAAGGAAAAGUCAGGCUCACCAAAUGGUAUUCUCCUUAUACGCAGAAGGAAAGAUCCAAGGUUAUACGUGAGCUCAGUGGAGUGAUUCUGAACCGAGGUCCCAAGCUCUGCAAUUUUGUUGAGUGGAGAGGUUACAAAGUUGUCUACAAAAGGUACACGAGUCUCUACUUCUGUAUGUGUAUUGAUCAGGAGGAUAAUGAGUUAGAGGUCCUUGAGAUCAUUCAUCACUACUAUUUCGGAAGUGUGUGUGAACUUGAUUUGAUUUUUAACUUUCACAAGGCGUAUUACAUAUUGGAUGAGCUUUUGAUUGCGGGUGAGCUCCAAGAGUCAAGCAAGAAAACUGUAGCCAGGAUUAUAUCUGCUCAGGAUCAAAUGGUGGAAGCUGCAAAAGAGGAGGCUGGUUCCAUAAGCAAUAUCAUCGCUCAAGCUUCAAAAUAUAAUUUAUAA